CGGGAAUGACUGAGCAAAGUUACUGCAACAACGUGCAAUACAAGUUUUGAAAUUAACGGAAAAUACUGCAGUUAUAUUUCACGACAAUUCCUUCCACUCAUUGACAGUAAAAUCUAUUGCCACGAUUUCCAACAAGUUGUGUGUUAAUUUACAAAGGUACAAAAAUCACCGUAAUAUGCAAAUGAAUAACAGAUAACCAACAAAAAUAUAAACAUAACAUUUCAAGAAAUUCUUCAUCGUGUUGGCGGGAAAAGACUGCGGACCUGGCGGCGUCAACCCACGAGCAGCGUCACUAUGGGGGGGCCACCCUGAGGCGCCUGUGGGCACGCCCCUGGGGAAGGAGAGGUUCUGAGGGGCGUAACGAGGGUGGACUCCCAUCCCAGGGAGCGUCAGGAGAAAGGGAAGAGACGGAAGAGGAAGGUGGUAGAGCCUCCCCGCCUGCUGGAGACGCCGACGAUGACCCAACUGACAAUAUGACGACGGAGUGGCAGCAGAUCAGAGAACAGCUGCUCACCCCGAACACCAACCGACUCAGGAGGUUGGCGGCGGUGACUGACCUAAUGGAAUCUCUCUCCGAAUCGCUUUUGCAGACUCAAGGCAUCACCUGCCCAUCCUGCAAAGUGACGAUGGAGGAGACGACCGGCCGCCUGCGGCAGAUCUGUCCAUACUGCGGCAGCUUCUACAACGUGGGCGCCAACACCGACGUCCGCCUCCGCCGGAGCAGAGAGAUUCGCCUGGAGCUGCCGCAGAUAGAAGUGGAGAACAGAUCCAGAUUCGGAGGAUUUGGAAACUUCAUGAUCGGACGUUUUGGAGGAUUCCCGUUCCACUCGAGCACGACAACCACCACCACCACCACCACCAACAACAACAACAACAGCAGCAGCAGCAGCACCAGCAGCAGCAGCAACAACAACAACAACCCCUGCAGCACCAGCAACCCCGGUAAUGAGGACGGGGACACCUGCCAGACACUUAACGGAGGCAUCUUGGCUCCUAUAAACGACGUCACGGCUUACAGAGUCGGCUCAGGGAGCUCCUUGCCGCCCAUACGACGACAGGAGGUUAACAGUCGUCGAGGGAGCGUGUCGUCCUCCAGGAGAGGGUCAGGGUCGUUGCGGUCAGCGAGGAGCGAGGAACGACUGCCGGUGCGGACCAGCGACACCACCUCCAGUUACCAGCGGCCCAUAUACCCAGCCAGGACCACACGCCGGGAGGAUUUCAUGCAAGACAUGAGGCGAGCCAAGGAGACGAAGACCUACACAGAGAUGAAGAAGUUCUAUUUCGACACCUUCGAGUCUUACGCCAGCAUCUGCGCUACCUUCAAGAGAGAUCCGGAUUACGAUGGCGCUCGCGUUGACGAUCCGGGUGUUAAGAUGGAGCUUGUGUACACUGUUCACGACUCCAUACGAGAAAUGCCCUCGGUAGUACACAAGCACUUCCUGAAGGCGGUGAUCAACGCCCUGCUGCAGGAGCGGCCGCACCUCUUCAGCAAGGACCGCGUCAGGGCGCUCUUCGUCAUCUUGCAGACGCCCGUCUUCCUCACCCAGUCCUCCUACACUGUUCUUGCCCACGUCCUCAGGAACAUCACCUCUCUCACCAACGGUGACCACCAGCUGCUCGUCAACUGGUUCCGGACACUGGAGGUGUCGCGACUAAGAAUGAUGGUUGGGAUUAUCAUUCAGUUCCUGACUGUGAGGCAGUUCCCUCCUCCUGACCGCUCUCUCCCGCCGCUCAGUAAGAGCAAGUGGUGGAUCCCAACGGCGACCAAGGUCCUGGCCAUCCUCUACGCCAGCAACACAGCGUCACAACCGGCGCUCCUCCACUACACAGAGUUUUACAACCACGCCCUCGACCAUCUCGACCUCAUGUCCGAGUAUCGAACCUGGCAGCUUCCUGACAGACCCGACUCCUUCUCGUUCUGCCAGUACCCUUUCAUCCUCUCUAUCGUGGCUAAGAGACACAUCCUGACCAAGGACGCAGAGCAGCAGAUGAUCCUGACGGCCCGACGCUCCCUGGUGGACAAGGUGGCCAGACACCAGCCGCCCCAGAUCGACAUAUUCUUCCUCAAUAUCAACGUCAGAAGGAACCACCUGGUGGAGGACUCUCUUAAGGAGAUCGCGGCCAAGAAGCGAGACCUCAAGAAGAAGCUGAAGGUGACGUUCACCGGGGAGCCUGGGCUGGACAUGGGCGGCCUUACCAAGGAGUGGUUUAUGCUUCUUAUCAAGCAGAUCUUCAAGCCGGAGAAUAAAAUGUUCGUGUACCACCCGUCUACACGGCUGUACUGGUUCUCCCUGGCUCAGGAUGGUAACUUGAGGGAAUACAACCUGAUCGGCGUCCUGAUGGGCCUGGCCGUCUACAACUCCAUCAUCCUCGACGUUCACUUCCCCGCGAUCUGCUACAGGAAGCUGCUGAGCCCGCCAGUGGUGCCCGCCUACGAGUACAUCGCCGUGGGCAUCGCCAAGGCGCCUGGCCUGGACGACCUCAGUGAGAUCAUGCCUGAAGUUGCUCACGGAUUGAAGGAAUUACUCAAGUACGAAGGUGACGUAGAAGAGGACAUGUGUCUGAGCUUUCAAGUAUCUCUGGAAGAAUUUGGUCAACCGAGAACAUUCAACCUGAAAGAGAACGGAGAGACGCUACCGGUAACUAAUGAGAAUCGUGAGGAGUUCGUGCGCCUCUACCUGGAUUGGAUCCUCAACACCGCCAUCUAUGAACAGUUCCGGGCAUUUUACCUCGGAUUUCACACCGUCUGCGCAUCUAACGCACUGAUCAUGCUGCGGCCAGAGGAGGUGGAGAUGUUGGUGUGCGGGUCGCCCAAGCUGGACCUCAAUGAGCUGAAGAAGGUAGUGGAGUACGACGGCUACACAGAGGACCACCCUACCAUAAAGUGGUUCUGGGAGGUGGUGAAGGAGAUGCCGGUGGGUCAGCAGAAACUCUUCCUGCUGUUUACCACCGGCAGCGACCGCAUUCCCGUGGGAGGCAUGAGCGAGAUGGUGUUCAAGAUCUCCUGCUGGAGGGGACACACCCACAUGUUACCACAAGCCCACACAUGCUUCAAUCAGCUCGUUCUCCCGCCCUACGACUCCAAAGACGUCCUCAAAAACAAGCUUUACAUCGCCCUCGCCAACGCCGAAGGCUUUGGACUUGAGUAAUUGGGUCUGUCCUUGUUGCCUGGAGCCAUGCUAACGGCUACAGCACUAAAUCGUCAAUGAGGUUUCGUAAUGCAGAAUCGCGGUCAUUAAUUAUCAAAGUACGUUCACGAUUCGUCGGGAAACAAAUUAAAGAAAAUUUAACAUUAUGAGAACUUAAACCUCCCUUCUAUCAAGUAGUGAGGAUUAAUAAGAAAAUAAAUAUCAACAAAGAAAAGUCUGAAAUAUAUUGCUCUUAGAUUAUGUACAGGCCCAAAUAUUUUUUCCCAUGAACAAAAUCAGUUUGAACGCUGAGAAUAAUCAGGGAACUUUUAAUAGGACGGUAAAAAGACAGCUAAAAAAUGUCCUCAUUUUUAGCUGACGGAGGAAGAUUAAUUGCUUCAAGUUUCAAAAGUCCACUUAAUAAUAAUGUUAUCCUACAGACAAAACUGUGAUACUGUCCUGGGUUUGAUACAAGAAACUGCUAUUAAAUGACUGUAGUGUAAGUGUUUGUCUUUAUAUGUAAAUACGACAGAGAUCAGCAAAUGUCCAUGAUCACAGCCUCACGAGUUUCGUGAAUUGAAAUUCACGAAACUUUUCUUUAGUUUAAUGUUGUGGGAAACCUAUUUUUUUCUGCUAUACUUUUGGUGUUGUUAGCCGAGUGUAAAUGGCUUUAUUGUUGUCUAAUAGAGAGUUUUACAAGUUAGUCUAUCUAGCGACACCUUGAGAGAUAGUCUGAGAUAGUGGAGAUAGUGCCUGAUGCCCACUGGCCUGUGUGCAUCUUAAUGCAUCUGACGGUGUAACAUUAUGUAAGAAACUGAGUCACAGAGUGCCGUCCUCUGAGGUGUUCCUUCAACGCCCGAGUGAAUACGGUCUUCAUUGUUAUGGUCGUGUGAGUGCCUUAAGAGAGAGCUCCAGUAAGUGGAGCUGCCUAAAUACUGGUUAUUAGCAUGUAAUGAUAUUCGGGGUUAUUACCAGAUAAUUUAUUUGAAAACCUUUUGAAGAAAUCUAUGGCAGUUCUACUCUGUUGUUAGGAAGUUAGGCUAUAUAUAU